UAGGGUGGGGGGGGGUAAUGUCAGACCUCUGUGGACUGUUUUGUGUUUCCCUUUUGUAUGCCCAUAUUUGGUCUUCCUGUUCCGCUUUUCAUUAGUUACGUCACUGUUGUAUUGUUCUCCUGUCUUUCCCUGAUUGAUUCUUUCUGUGUAUUUAAGGUUGGUUGUGUCUAGUCAAGUUUGUCGGUUCUUACAUUGUCAUUCUGUUUUGUUUGAUUACGUUGUGUUUGUUGUUUUGGAUUUCCCCACUGUUCCCAUCUGUUCUUGCCUUCCUUGUGGAUUUAUUAAAUAAUGUGUAUGCAUUGGACUUUCUUGUCUGCUCCUCGUUCCUUGCACACCACGAGUACGUGACACACCAUCUGAAAAAAAAAAAAAAAUACCAUGAUACACAUUUUUGGUCAUACCACCCAGCAGCACUAUAGUGUAAAUCAAUGAUUAUUAUAUAAUAACUGUUUAUUUAAUCUUCUUCAGGUGUUUUUGGUAUUGGUUCAGAAGGACUGUCAGUGUUUGUGAUGGAGGGAGAUUCAGUGACUCUAAACACUGAUGUUGAAACAAACCAAAUUCAAGAGAUUAGAUGGUAUUUUAAUAAAAAUAUCAUCGCUGAAAUCAAUAGAGAUCUCAAUAAGAUCUGUACAGAUGUUCAGUGUAAAGAUGGUGAUGAGAGAUUCAGAGACAGACUGAAGCUGGAUCAUCAGACUGGAUCUCUGACCAUCACAAACACCAGAACCACAGACUCUGGACUUUAUACACCACAGAUCAACCGCAGCAGCCACAGCUCAUAUUGGAAAUUCGGUGUUGCUGUUCAUGAAGUCCCUGCUGCUGAACGAGAUCAAAUGAAGAUAAAGUCAGUGAAGGAGGGAGAAUCUUUUUUUUAAAAUCCUGAUCCUGUGUUAAAAAACCCAAAUGAACUGAUGACGUGGUAUUUUAAUGACACUCCUAUAGCUGAAAUCACUGAGGAUCAUAGUAGGAUUUGCACAGAUGUUCAGUGUAAAGAUGGUGAUGAGAGAUUCAGAGACAGACUGAAGCUGGAUCAGCAGACUGGAUCUCUGACCAUCACAAACACCACAAUCACAGACUCUGGAGUUUAUAAACUAAAGAUCAGCAGCAGCAUCAGCAGCAUCAGCAGGAUCAGCAUCAUUAGGAGCUUCAGUGUCACUGUCAUUGAUGGAGGGUCAGUGUCUGUGAUGGAAGGAGAUUCAGUCACUCUACAGACUGGGAUUAAAACAAAACAACCAGAAAGGAUUGAGUGGUAUUUUAAUGGCUUUCAAAUAGCUAAAAUCACUGGAGAUCUUAGUAAUAUCUGUACAGAUGUUCAGUGUAAAGAUGCUGAUGAGAGAUUCAGAGACAGACUGAAGCUGGAUCAUCAGACUGGAUCUCUGACCAUCACAAACAUCAGAACCACAGACUCUGGACUUUAUCAUCUACAGAUCAACAGCAGAAGAGGCAAAAUCAGGACAAAGAUUUUCAUUGUUGCUGUAUCUGGUUUUCUCGGUGUCGGUGAAGAUGGAUUAUCAGCAUUUGUGAUGGAGGAAGAUUCAGUCACUCUACACUCUGAUAUUCAGAAAAGCCAACAGAAAUGUAUUAAAUGGUUUAUGAAUGGCAUUCGCAUUGCUGUAAUCACUGGAGAUCUUAGUUCUAUCUGUACAGAUGUUCAGUGUAAUGAAGGUACUGAGAGAUUCAGAAACAGACUGAAGCUGGAUCAUAAAACUGGAUCUCUGACCAUCACAAACAUCUCAAUCACAGACUCUGGAUUUUAUCGACUAGAGAUCAUGAGCAACACCAGUGAAAUUACAUUUGGUGUUGAAGUCCAUAGUGAGUUAUUAGGUUUUAAAGCAAGUCUUGUAUAUUUAAAACUCAUGUUUACAUGAGUUUCUUUUAGAAUAUUUCUUUCAUGUUCCCGUUUUCAUGUUAUAGUACAGUACAUAGAUCAGUUAGUGGCAAAUGUCCCCUCCAGAAUUUCACGUAUCAGCAUACAGUUGGUCUUUGGAACGCUGCCAUAUACAGUUUUGGGUGUUUAAUUGUUAAUUUUACGAUAGCUUCAAGUGCAGUUAAUUAUUUGUCAUGCUAUACGUGCAAACAGACAACAACGUUGUUGAAGUCAUGCUCUUUUGUAUGUCAUCAAAUCUUUGGCCACUGCCAUGUCUGUAUGCUGUUGCAAAAUAUGGCAAAAA